AUGGGUCGAUUGGGGCCUUGUUAUUUUGUGAUAGCAUUGCUAGUGAUUAAUGAUGAACCAUCGUUGGCUAAGGAACAGAAAUGUGAUCCUUUAUAUGAACCCGAUCCAUCAUAUAAGCCAAAUCCAUCCAAUGAACCAGACCCAUCAUAUGAGCCAGAUCCAUCAUAUGAACCAACCCAUCCACUAGAACCAGAACCAUCCCAUGAGUUAGAUCCAUCCAAUGAAACAGACCCAUCAUAUGAGCCAGAUCCAUCCAAUGAACCAGACCCAACAUAUGCGCCAGAUCCAUCAUAUGAACCAACCCAUCCACUAGAACCAGAACCAUCCAAUGAGUUAGAUCCAUCUAAUAAGCCUGAUCCAUCAUAUGAACCGGAACCAUCGCAAGAGUCAGAUCCAUUACAUAGGCCAGAUCCGUCAUAUGAACCAGAUCCAUCCAAAGAACCAGAUCCAUCAUAUGAGCCAGAUCCAUCCAAAGAACCAGAUCCAUCAUAUGAGCCAGAUCCAUCCAAAGAACCAGACCCAACAUAUGCGCCAGAUCCAUCAUAUGAACCAACCCAUCCACUAGAACCAGAACCAUCCAAUGAGUCAGAUCCAUCUAAUAAGCCUGAUCCAUCAUAUGAACCGGAACCAUCGCAAGAGUCAGAUCCAUUGCAUAGGCCAGAUCCAUCAUAUGAGCCAGAUCCAUCUAAAGAACCAGAUCCAUCAUAUGAGCCAGAUCCAUCGUUUAAACCAGCCCAUUCACUAGAACCAGAACCAUCCCAUGAGUCAGACCCAUGUAAUAAUCCAGACCCAUCAUAUGAACGAAAUUCACCAUUUGAACAAUAUUCAUUAUAUGAAUCAGAUCCCACAUAUGAGUUUUUCUCAACUAUG